UGAAAUCUGCAAACGGCAUUUUAAAAGCUGUCAAAAAAUCUCUAAUUUUUGUAAUUAUAAGAAAUAUGCUAAGUUUUUCAUACUAAAAACCGUACGAAUUUCAAUGUUUAUUUGUGCUUACUAAAGUACGUGCCUAGUUAUUACCAAAAUGGAUUCAGAGCCUGUUCUUCAAGGGGAUGUUGCGGAUGGCGCCGAAAUGUCCCCUUUAGUUGAAAACCCAUCUGAUAAUUUACCAGAUAUAAGUGAUAGUAACAUCGCAGGGGAUGAAUCUGAAGCAAUACAAUCGGCGGAUGAUGCCACUGCAAAUGGUGGUGCUCCUACAAGCAGCAGUGAUCUUCCGGACUUAGGGGAUGGUUUACAACCUGAGUUUUUGGAGCAGCCGGUAGCCGAUCCAGCCAAUGCUUCAGCGGAAGAAGAAAUGGACAUAGAUGAAACUACUCCAGGGGCAGUCGGAGAUGAGUCUGCAUAUAUCGGAGAUAACUGUUUAUCCACUCCAGCUGAGACUGAGGACAACUCUCCCCAAGAGGACCAUGCAUUGGAUCCACUCCUCAAAGAACAAGGCUUGGAAAAGGAAGAUGGAACAGAGGAAGGUGAACCACAAGAGGAAUCUCCGGACCAAUCUAUCAGUUCCGCUUUGCCCAUUGAAAGUGCACCAAUUGUUCAAGAUGAGGAGUCGAGCACAAUGGACGAAGACAUGGGUGGCGGUGAGGGAGUUGCCAGCAGUGAUGAUGUGAAUGACAUCAGCAGUGCCGCACAAGAUGUACUCGGCACAGGCAUAAGUUCAAGUACUCAAGAAGGUGGUGCGGAUAUAACAAGUAGUGGACAGACAGAAGGAACCCUUAUAUCUUCCACAGCCAAUGGCCCAGCUGUCCUGCACUCCUUCUCAUUGUUGCCUCAACAGCCACAAGCUAAUGAGUUCAGUGAUGCAGACACCUCGGAGAUGGAGGGAGCGGCAGACACAAUGCCAUCAGUCAGCGAGUCUCUGCCUGUCCUGACCAUGACAGCAAAUGGAUCUGCCUUAUUAUCACCCACCCUCUUACAAGGUGAGGAGGGUGGCGCCCGGGUGUCAUCCUCCGCCGAGGAGGCGGGUUCCGGUGCGACAGAGGGCGAAGGCGCCGUUAGCUCGUCCGGUGCCAACGGAGCGGCCGCGCCGCUGCCACCCACCGACGCCGCGCACGCCCUAGCCACGCUCGCGAGCGCCGCGUUGCAUCAUCAUGAAAAGGCGGAGCCAGAGGACAAACCACAAAAUGAAGAAGACACAUGGUACACUGUUGGUUUUGUCAAAGGAACUACAUUUACAGUACACAACUACAUAUCAGACCCCAACGUGGAUCUGUCUACACUGUCGCUGGACAAUCUGCCAGACCUGAGCAAUCUGUCCACCACACCUCUGGAGCAUGGAACUGCUUACAAGUUCCGCAUCGCAGCUAUCAACUCCUGUGGACGGGGAGAUUUUAGUGAGGAAUCAGCGUUCAAGACCUGUCUGCCCGGGUUCCCUGGCGCGCCGUCGGCCAUCAAGAUAUCGAAGUCGGUAGAGGGCGCCCACCUGUCCUGGGAGCCGCCGCAGGUCGCCGCUGAGGGCAUAUUCGAGUACUCCGUAUACCUCGCAGUGAGGUCCAGCAACCAACCUAAGGAGGCAUCAAAAUCGCAGCUAGCCUUCGUGCGCGUGUACUGCGGCCGCGCGAACACGUGCGUGGUGGGGCAGGCGUCGCUGAGCGCGGCGCACGUGGACUCGUCCACUAAGCCCGCCAUCAUAUUCCGCAUCGCCGCGCGCAACGACAAGGGCUACGGGCCCGCCACGCAAGUCAGGUGGCUGCAAGACAUUAAAUCAACAGGGGUGAAGCGAGCGGGCGGCGGGCUGCCCGGCGCGUCGCCGUCCAAACAGCCCAAAAACAUUCUACACUGAACGUAAGUGCAAGACGUGCUAAGGCGUAAGCGCUAUAUUUCGGCGCAAACGGGCGACUUACCUGUCGCGGCCGCGACACAAUUUUCAUGCAUUUUCAAUGAUUUUCUAAAGGCGAGACAGUACUAAGCGAAACCACACAGUGUUGCCAACUUUGGGGAUUUCCCAGUAAAAUUAAGUGGGAACAAUAAAUACACUUAGGUUUUUAGGGGGUACAAUAUUUUGGGAGUAAAUUUUUCUUAAGAUGGAUGGAUGGAAGUCGUUUUAAGCCUUGCAUGAGCGAAAAUUAACAUAACGUCACAUGAUUGACGUUUUCUCCGCGAUCACAGUGAUCGCCAUGUGGAACGGCUGAAGAAGUAUAUUCAGCGUUUUGA